GGACUUAGUCGACUUUGGCGUUUUUUUUUAGCUUAAAUCCGAUAGCUCUUAAAGCAUCAGGUGAUUGUGAGUGAAUUUUUGGAUAACAUCAACUGAAGAAUGGUAAUGUUGUGGAAAAUCAUCCUAAUUGUGGGACUGCUGUUCAGUGAAUUAGUAAGUGCAAAUGAAAUAGCAAAGCAGGAAGUGGCAAAAAGUUACUGUUCCGAGCAAGAAGAUGCAAAGGACAGUUCGGAUCCCCAGGUUUGCAUCGACGAUGGAUGCUUGCGAGGGACGUUCAUGAAAGGAUACCGAGUAGAAUCUUUCGAAGCUUUCAUUGGAAUACCGUUUGCGAAACCACCGGUGGGGCAGCUGCGAUUUGCGAAUCCCGUGCCAAAUGCACCCUGGCGUGAGCGGGGAGAAUACAAUGCCACCGUGGAAAAAUUCAUGUGCGUUCAGAAAAAUGAACUCAUUCCGCAUACGCCGGCGAUGGGGACCGAAGACUGCCUCUAUCUGAAUGUAUAUCGACCAAAGGGUCAAAAUACUAGCAAAGCAGCCCUACCGGUGAUGGUCUACAUUCACGGUGGUGGAUACUUUUCGGGCAGCACAAGUUCUGGCAUUGUUGGGCCGGAGUACUUUAUGGAUACCAAGCGGGUUAUUUUGGUGACAUUCCAGUACCGGUUAGGGGUGUUUGGAUUCCUGGCGACUGGGGACGAAAUGGCUCCGGGAAAUUUCGGACUAAAGGAUCAGACUAUGGCGUUGCAGUGGGUGAAGAAGAACAUUGACCGGUUUGGAGGCAGCUCGACACUGGUGACCAUCUUCGGGCAGAGUGCAGGAGCUGGAUCUGUGCACAUGCAUAUGAUGAGUCCAAUGAGUGAAGGUCUAUUCGCUAGGGCUAUCAUCAUGAGUGGUAGUGCGAUUGCUCCUUGGAAUUAUCCUACAAAGGAUCCACUGGAUUUGGCUAGGCGACAAGCAGAAGUGGCAGGCAUUCCAUGUGCAAAGAAUCUUACUUCCAGACAGGUGGUGGAUGUGCUGAGAAACGUAGAUGCGUUGGUACUUUCCGAGAGCAUUAGUAAAUUGAAAGCUUGGUCAAUUGAUCCACUGACCUUGUACCGACCGGUGAUUGAAAGCUCGGAUUGGUCCAAUCAAGCAUUUUUAGUGGAAGAUCCACGAGUGUCUUGGCAGAAGGGUAACUAUCAGCAAGUUCCUUGGAUGACUGGAUUCUUGCCCAAUGAUGGCGCCGUACGUGCCAUCGCGAUCACUUCCAAUGCACAGCUUCUUCAGGAUCUGAAUGCAAAUAUAAGCACGCUGCUGCCGUUGUUGUUGGAAAAAGAACCAUCGGAUGAGCUGUUGAUGGCUUUGAAAGAUCGAUUUUUCGCCGACAGUCCUGAUGACGAGUGGAUCACGCAGAAGAACACCCAACGACUGGUGGAUCUCUACACGGAAGUGUCCUUCCUGUAUCCGAUGCACGAGGCCGUCAAGCAGCACGUGAUGUCAGCAGAUACCGCCCAGGCUCCGGUUAGCAUAUACAAAUUCAGCUUCAAAGGCCCCUACUCGUACUCCUCGCUGUAUUCGUUUAGCCGCGAAAUGCGAAACUACGGAGUGGUGCAUUGCGACGAACUGAUCUACCUCUUCCGUUCGCCGCAGCUCUUUCAGGACUUUCCGCACAAAUCUAAGGAGGCGAGGAUGUCGCACAAUUUGGUCGAGUUUUUCAUCGAUUUCUCCAUCAAUGGAGUGGCCAGUCCACUGAAACCCUACCGGGCGUGCAACAACGACAACGAAGUGUAUCAAUCAAUGGACUGCGAUGUGCUCGAGUUCACCAAUUCCGAGGAGCAGGAGAAGCCUUUCGAGGUGCGCGUGGUCAACGGGCGGGACGAGGAUAUGUUCGCCUUCUGGAAGAAGUAUUACUUUUGAAAAGUACAAGUGUAUGCAGGUAGGAUUGGAAGAAUGUGCUUUCUGCGCUUUCCGUCCACCCUCAUUGUUGGAUCAGUGUGCAGCAGCUGCAAAAAUGACGUUGUGAUAAAUUUCGAUGUUAUCGUUAGAGGUUAAUAAUUUAGUUUAAGCUGUAGGAUAGAACUGUGCCAGGAAUGAACAUUUCCAAAUCAAUGUUGUACAACUUUUAUAGCGUGUAAGAUUUCUGUUAGGGACUCGAACAAUGAGAAAGAUUCGUAUUUUUGAAGAAUAUCAUUAUCAACCAGU